AUGUCAUCUUUAUUAAUUGAUCGUCUUUUAUUGGUGUCCAUAAAUGUUAAACAUCGGCUUGAAUCUCUUUUAAAUCUAUGCCGUAUAUAUGAACAUCCAUUAUGGAACAAUGAUGAUCAAGAUGAAGAAUUUGACCGAUUUUAUGGACCAGAUCAUUCAGAUAUAGAGGAACUUGAAGAGUCUAUUGUAACUAUUUCGUUAUUAAUUGAAAAUCUUCAACAUGAACAAAAUACAAGUGAAAAUUGUCAACCGUUUCCAAAUUAUCCUCUAUGUAAAAAUGGUUGGACAUUAAAAGAAAUUGAACAACUUGAAAAAGAACAAUCUAUAAAUUUAAAUAUUAUAAAUCAACUAGGUUUGUAUACAUUAAAUCAAUGUUAUGAAGAGCUUGAAGAACAGCAAUGUUUAGCAAAAAAACUGAAUAUUGAACAUUUAAAACCACAUGAUAAUAAUCAUUUGAAUACAACUUCAUUAUCAUCCAUUCCAAAUUCAUGUUUAUCUUGUGAUACAAAUAAAAAUCUUUUUGAUCUUCCAACAGAACUUCUUAUUCAAAUAUUUUCAUUAAUUCCACCAUUUGAACUUAUGACAAAUAUUGCACCAACAUGCCGUUAUUUUGCAAAUCUUGUUUUAAAUCAAGUUAUUUCUCAUUUUGAUCUUUCAAAAAUAUUAUCCGUUUUUGAUGUAACUCAUUUACUUCCAUAUUUAACAUAUCUUCGAUCAAUAACAUUUCUUAAUUGGAAUAAUGAAGUAAGUACUCUUACAUGGGCUAUAUGGUUUGAUAGAAUUGCUCAAACAACUUCUAAACUUCAUACAAUACGUUUUCAAAAUGUUCAUGUUUCUCCAAUAUUAAUUUGUUUUAUUGUUGAAUAUUUUCCUAAUUGUUUACAAACAAUUAUAUUUGAUUACCAACAACAUAAAGGCUAUGAAAAAUUUGAUUUAAUUUUAUCAUUACUCGCUGAUAAAACUAUUCAAUUAAGACGUAUUACAGCUUCAUAUCAAUUAGGAAUAACUAAUUUUGGUAUUUUACAGCUUGUUAAUAAUUUAAAUACAAUAGUAGAAUUAAAUUUACUUUAUAUUGAAGCAAUUAAUGAUGAAACAGUAAAAGUUUUAUGUGAUAAACAUAAUACAUAUUUGGAAAUUCUUAAAAUUGAUGGUGCUCAAUUAACGGAUAAAGCUUUAGAAUAUAUUGAUUAUUGUCGACAGUUAAAAUCAGUGAUGAUUGAAUUUUGUACAAAUAUGUCAGGCUCAAAUUUUCAUAUAUUUCAAAAUUUUAAUAAUCUUAAAGAAUUAUGUUUAUCAAAAUUAACAACAGUUCCACUUGAAUCAUUUCAAUUAUUAUUUAAUGGAAAGCAUAUUUUUAAAAAUUUAAUUCUACUUAAAUUAGGAGAAUGUCAUUUGAUUGAUAAUGAUUGUAUCCGAUCAAUUAUUAAAAUGUGUCCUCGACUGAUUGAUUUUACUUGUUCAUGGGCAUAUUGUCUUACUGAUGAUAGUUUCAAUGAAAUAGUCAUUCGAUGUCAUCAUCUUCGACGUUUAUCAUUAGUUGGGUGUCAUCAAAUAUAUGGUCAUAUAUUAAAUGACGUACCAGAAAAAUAUUUUCAUGAUAUAGAAUAUCUUAAUUUUGAACAAUGUAAUCAGAUUGAAGAUGAUAUUUUAGUCAAAUUAUAUAAACGAAAAAAAUCACUAUCGAUUGUUAAUUAUUACGGAACAUCUGUUGAUGAUGAUGAUGAUGAAGGAAACUUUUAA